AGCAGUCAAGAUCCCCUCGUUAGUCGCUUGCAGACUGAUAGAGGUGUAUAGGCAGCCAGUAUAUUUUCUGGGAUUAGGCUACUUAAUUCUGACGACUAAAUAUUUUGCCCUCUCUUGAACAUAAUGUGGAGAGACAAGUGUUCUCGGCAGACAUUCGAAGACCUAGCAUAAUUCAUUCGUGACGGACCCCAUUGCUGCAUGCCUCCUGUUUAAGAUUCUGCCGUUUUGACUAAUCCACGGGACAGUGGGAUCCGACUACAGAGCAUCUUUAGGAUUCACAGCGAGUUGAGUCCAAGUUCUAUUACCAGCAGUUUACCAUGACAGCCACUAAGGAGGCGGCGCAGCCGAAUCAGAGACAGAAGCCACCGCCAAAGGAUGAUGAGGAGGACCUUGGUGCGGGAGCUCCACCUGACAGGAACUGGAAAGGAAUUGCUAUUGCUCUGCUGGUUAUUUUGGGGGUCUGCUCUCUUAUCACCAUGUCUGUCAUCCUCCUCACCCCAGCGGACAGCCAAGCUGGCAGUGAUACCAAACUCACAGUGGAAGAUCUGUUCAAGCCUGAGUUUGUUGCCCACGACCCGGAGGCCAAAUGGAUCAACGACUCAGAAGUGAUCUACAGGAAUCGCGAUGGCCACGUAAUCAAGUUUAACAUCCUCACCAAUGAGACUGAAAUUGUACUGACAAACACAACAUUUGUCAAUUUCAAUGUUGCAAAGUACUCCGUUUCCCCGGACUUGAAAUAUGUGCUCUUUGCCUAUGAUGUUAAACAGGUUUUCCGGCAUUCAUACAUGGCCUCAUAUAGCAUUUACAACAUCCACACAAGGGAGGUAUGGGAGCUGGAUCCUCCAGAGGUGGUGAAUUCUAUUCUGCAGUAUGCUGCGUGGGGAGUACAGGGCCAGCAACUGAUCUACAUAUUUGAGAACAAUAUUUACUACCAAUCAGAUGUGAAGAGCAACUCCCUCAGACUGACAUCGUCUGGAAAGGAAGGGGUCAUUUUCAAUGGGAUCGCUGACUGGCUGUACGAGGAGGAGAUUCUCCAGUCACAUAUAGCACACUGGUGGUCACCGGAUGGAGAGAGGUUGGCCUUCCUGGUCCUCAAUGACACUCUGGUGCCCAAUAUGGCCCUUCCACGCUUCACUGGCGCUUCAUACCCCAAAGGAAAGCAAUACCCCUACCCUAAGGCUGGCCAACCCAACCCCACAGUGAAGUUAUACGUGGUGAAUCUGUACGGGCCGACACACACACAGGAGCUCACACCACCAGACAGCCUCAAACUAAGGGAGCACUAUGUCGCCAUGGUCAGUUGGAUCAGUAAAACCAAGACGACGGUCAGGUGGAUAAACCGUGCCCAGAAUGUGUCCAUCCUGACCGUGUGUGAGACCACCACGGGGGCCUGUGUUAAGAGGCAUGAGGAGGUCUCAGAGCUCUGGCUUUCAAAGCAGAACCAGGAACCAGUGUUCUCCAGGGAUGGCAGCAUAUUCUUCCUGACAGUGCCCGUCAAGCAAGGCGGGCGUGGAGAGUUCCAUCACAUCGCCAUGUUCACCACACAGUUCAGAGCAGAUCAAAACGAGGUCCGCCAUCUAACAUCAGGAAACUGGGAAGUAACUAAGAUCCUGGCCUAUGAUGAGAGCAACGACAACAUAUAUUUUCUCAGCACUGAAGGCUCACCGCGAAGAAGACAGCUUUUCAGUGUGAAGACUGUCGGGUUGUUCCCUCGACACUGUCUGACGUGUGAGCUAAAUAAGGCGCACUGUCUGUUCUUUAAUGCUGAGAUAAGCCCCAAUGAUAAGCAUAUCAUCCUCCACUGUAAAGGUCCCGGAGCACCCACUGUGAUCUUACACAGCCUCAAUAAUGCCAAUUACUACAUCCUUGAGAACAACUCUCUACUAAAGGCCGCUUUAAAGGUCAAGAGGAUUCAGAUGACGGAUUUCAGAACAAUCCAGAUGGAACAUUUUGAUCUGCCUUUGAAGAUCUCUUACCCACCAGACUUUUCUGAAUCGCGUCACUAUGGCUUGCUAUUGAUAGUCGAUGGCUCCCCCGGUGGCCAGGCGGUGAGCGACCGUUUCGUCCUGGACUGGGACUCGGUUCUGGUCAGCUCGGAUAACGUCAUAGUGGCUCGUCUGGACGGCAGAGGGAGUGGCUUCCUGGGCCAGAGGGUUCUACAUGAAGUCCACCGGCGUUUGGGAACCGUAGAGGUGCAGGAUCAAAUCACAGCUGUGGAAUACAUGUUGACAUUCCCGUACAUUGAUCGGACACGGAUAGGAGUAUUUGGGAGGGGUUAUGGUGCCUAUAUUACAUUAAUGAUGCUCAAAUCAACCGACAGCCUGUUCAAAUGUUCAGUAGCAAUGUCCCCCGUCACGGACUGGAAACUAUAUGCAUCAGCGUUUUCCGAGAGGUACCUUGGCAUGCCAUUACGGGACGACAGCAGAUAUCAGUUCUCCAGUGUGUUGCAGAACGUCCAGCCACUGAGGGAACAGACUCUGAUGCUUGUCCACGGCACAUCAGAUGCCAAUGUUCACUUUCAGCAUACUGCUGAGCUCAUCAGGAACCUUGUGAAAGUUGGAGCAAACUACUCAAUGCAGCUCUAUCCAGAUGAGGGUCAUUUCCUGUCCCAGCGGAGUCGGCAGCACCUCUUCGGGUCGCUCACCAACUUCUACAGGGAGUGUCUCAGGGAAGAGAUCCUACCACUGCCCGAUGAUGAUGAGGAGGAGGAAGAAGAGUAGGAGUUAUGAUGUGUUGGGAACCUUCGGCAGGACUUUGGCAGGACUUCCUCUCUGUAAACAUUUGCUGAAGCCUGCACUAAAGGCUGGUGGCUUUUGGACCAAGUGUUAAGACAGAGGUGGACAGUGAGAGUUGCUGAUGCUGUUAGUGUGUGUGUGUGUGUGUGUGUGUGUGUGUGUGUGUGUGUGUGUGUGUGUGUGUGUGUGUGUGUGUGUGUGUGUGUGUGUGUGUGU